AGCCGCUUGGGCUUAAGACCUCGGCUGGUGCAGCUGCCUCCUGCCGGCAUGGCUGGAGUGUGGCGCGUCGUUCACAAGCCCCGGGUCGCCGUCCGCAUGGAGCCCCGCGCCUCCGCCGAGGUCGCUGGCUCGGUCCGCUUCGGCCAGGUCCUGAGGCCGGUCGAGGCGGAAGGCCCAUGGGUCCGCUUGCUGGGCGACGAGGCGGAGGGCGUGCCGAGGGGCUGGGUGCUCAGCGACGGCUCCUCCGUGGGCCUGGGUCCUCUCCUCGAGCGGAUCGACAGCCGGGCGUUGCGCCUGGCGGCGCGCAGCCCGCUGGACGGGUCGGUGCUGUGCGAGCUGGAGCUGCGCGCCGACGCCCCUCCUCCGAUCGUCAUGGUCGUGUGCCAGAGGGUCGCGGAGGCGUCGGGCCUCAGGCCAGACGCGAUGCUCGCCACGCGGAGCGCCCAGGCGGGCAGGACGGAGCGGCCCGAGCCCUCCGAGGUCCUCCCGCCCGGCGCGCGGCUCUGCGAUCUCGGCCUGGAGGGCGGCGGCGACUUCCACUUCUUCUACGAGGGCGAGCUGCCGAGGCAGAGGCUGGGCGGCGCAGCGGAGGCCGCGAGGCGGCGGCUGGAGGCCGGCGGCGGCACCUGGGACGACGUGAGGGCAGCCGUGGCCGGCGGCUGGCAGGGCGACGCCGCGGAGGCGCUGCUCGCGGGGCUGUCGCGGGGGUCGCGGCGCAGCUGCGCCCUGCUGGUCGGCUGGAGCUUCGCGCCGGAGCUGCACGGCAUGGUGCGUGAGGGCGCCGGGGCGCCCACCGCGCUGCUCUUCGGCUGGGGGGGCGCGUCGCUGCGGCAGCUGGAGCCGCCCCGGCUGUGGUGGCGCCAGCGCGGGUUCAGCACGCUGGCCACAACGGGGUGCCCGAGGCGGCUCAGCGAACAGGUCAGGGAGGUGAUCGGGUUCCUGGGUCACGACGGCCCAGUGGUCGUCCACGCUUUCUCGAACACGGGGCUCUACAUGCUGCAGGCUUUCUGCCAGGAGUGGAAGGGCAGGAUCGACGGUGUGGUGGUUGACUCUGCUCCGGGCUUUUUGAGCACAGGCUUCCUGAGGCAGGUCUUCAACGGCUGCAUCCGCUCCCUCUGCCAGCUGCACAGCGUGUCGAUCAGCACCGAGGCGGACAAGGCCCUGGUCGGGAUCCAGCCGACGUACCCCCUCGAGGAGGGAGACGUGCUCGAGUUCACUGAUCCCGAUGGCUCGUCUGGCGUGGGCCAUGCAGUGAUCCAGCCAGACGGCGAGGUGUUAGGAUGGCUCGUACACGACCAAGGCGAGCACUCUCGCGUGGAUCGGGGAGCGGUGGAGGCUGCGCUUGGCGGCCCAGUGGACGGCCCUCUCUCUAUGCAGCAAGCCCUGAAGCUCAAGGCGUUCCAGGUUGUUCCGACCAGCUACCCAGAUUUCACCGACCUGUUCCUGAACUAUGGAAUGCCUGCGCUGUUUCUUUAUUCCACACAUGACUACCUGAUAAAGGCGAAGGCGAUCAAGGACUACAUCGGCACGUUCACCAAAGCAGGGCAGGCCACCAGCGUUUGUUUCGAAAGAUCUGGACACGUCGAGCACUUCGCUAAGCACCGAGAGCGCUACACAGAGGAGCUCGGGCGAUUCGUGGACGGCCUGCGGCUCUCGUGAGGUCGCGAGAUUGUUCGUGCAGCUUUGGGGUGUGAACACAUCGAUCCAGGACGCUUUGCAAGCGCUCGGCCGCGAUGCCUGACGCAUCCUGCGGACUUGCCAGCGCCCGGAGAUUUCUACGUCAAGGCAGAAGCGCCCACGUGCCUCGUCGGAGGCGAGGGAGGCGCCCAGGAUGCAGGAGAAAUGGGGAGGGACGCCGAGGACGUGUAGGAGCACAUUCACACCGAAUGUGGCUUCCACACGGCCCGCUAGGUUUUUGCUCCCGCAUGGGAUCGGUGGGCGUGGCGCUGCGCCGGGUGCGUCGCGCGCGGACGGCCUGCCAGUAGACCGGGUCCUUGCGGCGCCUGCGGUCAUCCGCGCCCGACGCGAGGAAAACAUACUCGGCUUCGAGGUGCGGCGGGCUGGCUGUCCACGCCCUUUCCUAGAGGUGGUAGUCCGGCAAGCUGCGCCUGGGAACGCAGGCGUGCUGGCUGCAGCCGCAGCGCAACACGAGGGCGUCAUAAGCAUCGCGUCCGAGGCCGACAAGCAGAGGCGUUAGCCUGAGGGCCGCUGCCCCUGGCCAGCGCUGCCGCUGGCGCUGAAAACCAGGGGCCCCGCAUAGUGCACACUACCCUCGGAAGCCCGCACGGUGGCGGAUGUACCGUGCUUGGUGGCACAAGCAACAGUCAACCUUUAUUCCCCACGCAACUCCGGUGGCAGUUCUUCCACCGGUCGAAGCGGUCUUCGUGUCUGCCGGUUGCAUCACGGCAGCCGUCGCAGAGGCUUGCUUCGCGAGGCUGGCGUUCUCGGCUUGGGACAAGUGCGCCCUCAGAGAAUUGUUUUGUUGUUUGUCCGCCUUGGCUUUCCUUAUUGAUCCAGGCUCAUAGCAAGAAGCUCAUCCUGCUGAACCCUGAGCACAUGCUUCUCACUGAGUUUCAUCUCGUGCGUUCCUCUCGCCCCUGCCAGUUCUACCUCACGACUCCAGGCGAUUGCUGUCUCGACCACUCGAGCAGCUUCCUCGGCGUCCCUCAUUCAGUAUGCCAACGCAUUAUUCUCGACAUCCCUCGAGCGACACUCGGCGCUCAGGCGAGCUUCCGUCUCUUGUCUUGCCGCAGCGUUUGCUCUUUCCCGGGCUGCCUUCAGCUCAGCCCUAAUGUUUUUCUCCUCAGCCAGUCCAUGGAGACUAGACUUUAUAUGGCAUAUCUGUCAUUCGGACCAGACUUGCAUUCAAGCCAAGCCGAUUGUUGGUCCCUACUUCUGAACAGCUUCUCGUACGGCUUGUCUCAUGGCGAAACAGUUGUGUCCCGUUUGCCCAAUGCACUCGCCACAUCUGGAAUUGAUGCUACCUUGCUUGCUGGUCCCAGAGCAUUCUUUACACACUGGCCCAUUGCAGUCACCCGAUGCUCCUGGACAACGAUGUUCGGCAAGGUCGGAGCAGCGGUCCGCAGGGUUCCAGCAUCUCUCUCCAACUGACAUUCGGCUCGCAUUUGACGCUCAGGACCUGGCGACAGACGCCAUCCUCCUGGUUCCCGCACUGAAGAACACAUGUCGUCCCUCGAUCUCAGCCCCUUCCCAGAGCUUCGCACCGAGGAUCGCGAAGGGUCCCUGCCACACUGCCGCGAUCUCCGAGGGCGGAGGGCAGGUGCGGCCUCGCGUCGCGUGGGCCAUCUACUUCCUGCGGUCUGCCGCGGCGAAAAGUUUUGGUAGAAGGCGGCACGGGACCGGAGGCAAUGCCACCGUGACCCGCGCUCGACAUUGGGAUUCCGCGGGCCAUCUCUUCUUCAUAACCCACCGUAGUAUCCUCGGGCCUGGGCGUCUGUGACGGGACCUGCCGAUGUUUCUUCGCCCCGACAGGGUCUUCACGGUUCAUCGUCUUCUCUCAUCCUUCUCGAAUGGAAGGAGUUUGUUUUUGAGUUGGCAUUCCCCGCACCAGCACGAGGAAGUUAUCCUUCACGCUUGGGACCAAGG